AUGGCCGCCGAGACCAGUGUUCUUCCCUUGCCAACUGUCGACCAUGCGUUUGUCAAGGUCGAGCCUCUUGUUUCCAGCCCUCCGGCUCCCGUUCGCUUCGAUCCUGCCAAACAUAUGUGCUUUGAGCCUCCAAAAAGCAUCAUUACUUUGAAGGAGCUGCUAUUGUCGGAAAAAGAUGCCAUCUCGCCUGUCGCCAUUACGGAGCCGUUCCCGUUGUUCACGCUUGAGGGUGUCAAGCAGAUGCGGGCAGACCUCUUCCGCAAAGAAGUCGUGAACAAGCAUGGCAACAGGACGAAGAAGAAUUGCUAUAAAAUGAGGGGAUAUUCGCAAGAUACUCCGUUCGUUGAUGCCGCAUGGCGUAGCAAGGAAGUCAUCAAGGCCUGCUCUGAAGCCGCGGGUGUUGAUCUCGAUGUUGUCUUCGACUACGAAAUCGCCCACAUCAACGUCCAAGUCGAUGCCCUGGAGGAUGGCAUGCCGCUAGACGCCGCGCUGCCGCCCGCAAUGCCUCCUAACCAGGCACCUUCAACUCCUCUUCCGGUCAUUGACCAGUCAGAGGAACUCUCUUCAGUUGGUCGGUGGCACACAGAUUCGUAUCCCUGGGUCUGUGUUUGCAUGCUGUCCGACCCAUCCAACAUGAUCGGUGGUGAGACUGGCCUCAGAAAGGGAGACGGUACCAUUGCCAAGAUCAGAGGGCCACAAGUGGGCUGGGCUGUGAUGAUGCAAGGAGGCUGUAUCGAGCAUAUCGCAUUGAGAGCCAUCGGAACCGGAGAGCGUGUAACUAUGGUUACUUCGUUCCGCCCACGAGACCCGAGUCUGAAGGAUGUUAGCAAUCUCGGCAAUGUCAAGAAAAGCAGUCGCCACGACCAACUGUUCAAGCAGUGGUCGACUUACCGUCUUGAUGUUCUCGAGAAGCGUGCCCGGCUACUGAGGGAACGAAUCGAGAAGGGCGACUUUUCUGGAGAGGAGAUCGCCAAGCUGGUCGCUCAGUGGAACGAAGAACAGAUUCCCUACAUGAAGCACACGGCAGUUGAGAUGGUAGGCCCUGGAAAUGAAGGCUCGCAAGAUUGA